AUGCUAGCAUACCAUGCACUCAUCCGCACGCACCACAUAACAUCCCGCAAGAAAGUUGCUCGCCUCAAAGCAGCAGCCAAACAGCUACAAUGCUACGCUCUGCUCCGAUCGGGAGGCAUCCCGGGUGUCAUGUAUGUCCGUGGAAGUGAUCCAGCCCAGGUGCAGAAGUGGGUGGACACCGUUCAUGGUCUGAGGUACAAGGACUAUCAACUCGUCGCUCCCGUGGCCACUAUCGCUGGAGCUGAAUCGCAAUCUGGUUUCGCAAAGGAGGGGAUUCUUCAGGAAGUUGAGACAGUGAAGGAAAUGGCGGUCUAUAUGGAGCGCCAGGGCAUACAGAGAUGGUGGCGUGCCGCGAUGGGUUUUGCGAUGGAAUGA